AUGCUGUUACCACCAUCGAAAAAUCUGUCUCCACUGGAGGCAGAGCGCCUCCACGACACGCCUCAGCUGCCGCGCUGCUUUGCGUUUCCUUCGGCGCCUCUGCCCCCAGCUUCGGGCCUGCCUCUCUACCCUGGUGUCUCUCCAUCUCAGCGCGAGACUGAGCCACCCGACGGCUACUCGAUCUCUCCGUCUCUCCGGGCCGCUACGCCCUUCGUGGAAGUCUCUGCGCAUCUUCGUCACCCUCUCCACGGGCGCAGCCCAGGCCUGUCGCCGCCUCUCCGGCUUUCCUCCGCACCCGUCAUUCCCUUCUCUCCCUUUGUCGUCGAAGAAGUUCACUUAGAUGUUCAAGUAUUGGCCGAUGGCCAGUCGCAGGUGGUGGAGAGACGCCGGGGACGAGCGACAGACAGCGAUGGUGUUGACGGCACUCCGCAGGCGGCUCCAGAAAUCAAAACGCGAGUUCCAGAAUACGGGAGGGAGGAGACACAGCCAAGUCGGCUUGAUGGUGAAGCAAUGGCGGACAAAAGGGAGCAACCCGUGAGGUCAGAGAGAGCUUGGAGAGAAGGCGCUGUGACAUCUCGAGAGACUGGACAGUGGGGACAGGGAGGGCGGUCUUCUGUCGGGGCAGCAAAUGUCUCUCGGGAGAGUGUUCGCGACACAGAGACAGACCUGCCGGCGCUCUCUCCGGUUCCCCACUCUGCUUUGCAUUCGUCACCUUCGGGAAAGUCGGUCCCCGGAUCGGGGAGGCCCACGCAGUGGCCUGGAGGUCCCGAGGCAGGUCGAGACUCUGAGGCAUCCUGGGCCGGUCCGGGGGCUCCGUCUGGGCCGGCUGCAGGUGAGCCGAGGUCCGUCCCCACUGGCACCGCGGGGAAGAGGCGCCACGGGCCGGAGAGACACCGGAGGGAGACAGGAAAGAAGAACGUUGCUCAGGUGGCAGCCGAGCUUCUGGACUUCGAUCCGCAGAUCUUGCACCACUAUCCGAUGCUGGCGAACGAGCAGGCUCGCAUCUACCAGUUUGUCCAGCGUAGGUUCAUCCGAAAGGUCGAUGGGUCGCGUCCCGACUCGCAGCGGUCUCUUGACACUCGAGGAUGGCCCAUUGGGGCCCCGCACCCCGCGACGCGCUCCGGAUCCGCGCACAGUCGUCCUGGAAUGUCUCGAGGCAUGCCCAACGCAAUUUCGCUUCCGAAUCUCUCGCAUGCAGCUUCGGUCCUCGCCGCUCUGGGGGCGCAGCGGCUUUCGGGGCGCUACGGCCUCCUGCGCCAGAGCAACGGAGACAGUGGACCGGGGACGGGUGGAGCCUGGGGAAAGCCUGGGGUGUCACCGAGCGGUGAGGUUUCUUCGCUGCUUCAAACUGGUAGCGGAGGCGGCCAGUCGGAACCUAUGUUUGAAGAACAACGGAUCGGAGAGAGAGAUAACCGUCUGAGUAGCCUCGCGGGCAACCCGAGGGCGGCCAGGAGCGAGCACCGCGUUUUGGAGGGGCUGCCGGUGCACGUUGUCUCUUCCUCGUCUUCGCGUCUCUCUUCACUGUCGAUCUUUGCUCACCAAGGGGGAGUUCCAGGACAGAACACCCGAGAUGACGGAAGCGGGGGAAACGCGAGUUCCUGCGAAACCAUGUGUGGCGUGGAAGUGCGGACCUGUCUGUCGGAAGUAUCUGGCCAAGACGCGUUCGGGCGCCGCGUCGAAGGCACCGAGCGAGACGAGGGACAUGUCGCGUUUCUGUCGACUUCUGCCGUACCAAGCCCCGUCGUGGAGGCGGACUCCCCCGCCGAGCAACCAGAGGGCGACACUCACAUCCAGGAGUCAGCAGAGGUGGAAUCCGGUGCGUUCGGUGCGGAGGAAACGGCCGUUGAGAUUCAAGGCGAACGUCGAGGCAACGAGAAAGAAGACUCCUCUACGCAUGCGUCGUUCUUCCCGAUCUUCCCAGCACGCACUGAGAAGAAGCUCCUGCCUCCCCUCCGACUUGGAGUCAUGGUCGGGGGUUUGGCGCCUUCGUCGGGUGUACACAACGUGAUUGUCGGCCUCUUGCACUUUCUCCGGGACUUUACGCGCCCUAUCCCCGACUGCGCCUGCAGGCGAAACUUUGCUAACGGUGAGGCCCAAGAGGAGGCUGCCGGGACUCUGGGGGAGGUGCUACCGUCUCCGAAGGGCAGCAGGCUCCGCGGCGCGCCGCAGACGCCAAUUCGCCUCUCAACCUCUGAGCCGUCGAACCUCGCGGUUCGCGGCGAGGCGGAAGAGGGGGGACAUGCCGAAGGAGAAGAACUCUGGCAGACGCCUGCGCGAGAGGAAUUAUUUUCUGGAGCCUCAGGAGACUCUGCGAAACCGACGAGGCUGCGCCUCGACAGUCCCCACACAAACACACCCUCCCAAGCAGCUGCUUUCGCAUCCACCGUUGCGUCUUCGUCCGUUCGUGGAGAGGGAGACAGGAGACGUGGAACAGGAGAAGGGAGAGGCCUCCAACGGUCAGGGGGCGAAGCGGAGUUGCGCGACAACAGUGUGUGCAGGUGCAGCAAACUGAUAGGUUUUCUGGACGGCGCACUCGGCCUCUCAAAGGAUGAGUCCGUGGAGCUCACAGAAGACAUCGUCGCCAACUUCUUGAACAUGGGCGGGUGCGAAUUGCUCGGAUACCGCGCCUUUAAAUCUCUUACCGACUUCUCCAUUAGCCGAAUUCAACAAGUCUGCGAAAAACACGGCCUUCAUGGCCUCGUGAUCGUCGGAGGCGCGGAAGACCUGCAGGCCGCCACACAGCUGGCGCAUCGGUUUUUGCAAGAAGGCCUGCGCACCCGGGUCGUGGCGGUGCCGCACAGCGCGCGAGGCGACUUGCACUGUGAGGAGUUUCUUCCAAUAACUCUCGGCUUCGACAGCGCCCGGAGCAUGCUCUCUGAAUUCUGUGGCAAUAUCGCGCUGGACAGCUCGAGCAGCAAGAAGUACUAUCACUUUAUCCGGUGCUCGUCGAGCAACCUCACUCUCGAGUGCGCUCUCCAAACCAGACCGACAAUGUGCUUAACAGGCCUCGAGUGUGACAUCGAGGGCUGGAGUUUAGAGCGAAUUAUAGAGGCGAUCUGCGACGUCAUUGUGAAGAGGCGGAAGCUCCUGGGCAAGCGCUCGGGCACCAUUCUCCUUUCCGAGGAACUCGUCGAAAACCUGCCUGAGAUGAAAGAAUUACGAAACAUGAUUCACGACUUGCUUCAUGCCGAGUCCGCCGCAUCUUCCUCGCCUCUGGCAGCUUGCGCUGCACCCUCCGACAACACGGCCGCGACGCAUGCGUGGACGAUUCAACCGCCGACAGAAGCUUCUCUUUGCGCGCUGCUUCCUGAGAGACUCGCGAGGGCCUUUCGACUCCUUCCCGCUUACGCGCGCAGAUCGCUCAUGCUUCAACAUGACUGUCGGGGACGGCCACUGCUCCCCACCAUCGAAGCCGAGGCUUUGCUUGCUCAGAGAGUCGAAAAGGAACUCAGAAAAAGAAAAGCUGCGGGAGACGCGCGCUGCGUUGAAACCUUUACUUACCGCCUGCAUUACCUCGGCCAAGAGGGCCGCUGCCCUCUUCCGACGCGCUUCGACUGCACCUUGGGGUACGCCUUAGGCACUGUGGCAGGCGCCAUCGUCUCUUUUGGCUUGACUGGAUACAUGGCAUGCGUCCGAAACAUCCACUUGCCUCUGGACUGCUGGGAAGCAUGCGCCCUUCCUCUCGUCUGUCUCCUCAGACCUUCCUCUCGAGUGCCCUCUGCACCUUCUGCUUCUGCCUCGAAACCUUCUGCAUCUUCUGUCGGACCUGCUGGACCUGCGACGGGUGAACCGUCCACUGGCGCGUCUUUGUCUGACCCAGCUGAGAUGUUUGCUGGGUCUUCGGGGUCCCCGUUUUUGCCGCGAGAAGACACACAAAGCAUGGCGAGUAGCAGGCGGGAAACGAAGGAGGCAAAUGCUGAAGGUGGGGGCGGCUCUGCGUCUCGGCAGACAGUGAGGAGACCUUCAAACACUGGCGGAUUAGCGCGGCUCAAUCACCAUCAGCAACUGUCAGUGCCGACAAUUCCUCCCUAUCGACUCGCGGCCAACAGCAACUUGUUUCGCUGUUACAAACGCGUCAAAGACUCCUGGAAGGUCUACUGUUUGUACAGGAGCCCGGGACCCGUGAGUUUUGCGCCGACGUCUCGCCUGGCGCUGACGCUUUGUUCCGCGUGUCACCGGUACCUGAGUCUUUGUAUCUGCGCGUCUGGACGUUCUUUCCACGCUCUUUGUCCAGAUUCCUUCUCGUCGGGGACUGCACGUACUUCUUGCGAGGGAGGCGAGACGCCGCGGCCUUCUGCUGCAUGCAGGUCGUCUCUCAGCCCCGCGUCCGGGCGAUGGACAGAAGACGCUAAGACGGGAGGAGGCUCGCGAGCUGAUGCAGAGCCGAAACGGCGGACAGCGGUUGGCGGGGAGGACGAGGAUAUGGAAGAGAGUCUCAGACGAAAGCGACAGCUGCUUCUCUCGACGGAAGUCCAUGACGAGAGUAUUCCCUUGAUGCUGGUUGCUCAGUUCUGCUCCCCGCUGGAAACGCUGCUGCGAGUCCAGCCUUUGAAGCUGAAGAAGUCAAAGUUCACUGAGCUCUUCGCAUCACCAGAGUUCGGCAGGGCCUCAACGGGUGUCGCCUCACGCCGCGGUCUCCUGCAACUCGCGAGCGAUCCUAUCUGGAGUCGAACGCGGAGCUCUGAGCCUACGCAUGCAGGCUUCAAUCUUUUGAAGGACUCCACCCACCCGAGGCCGCACCCCCCAGGCGAAGAAGGAAGGCGAAGAGAGAGCUUCACAGUGACAUCCUCAGACGCAGGCGCGGAGCCGAGAACGGACUCUAGGAAAGGCGAGGGGACACAAGGCCUACGGGUGGGAGACGGAGAAGGACCCGGAGCAACGAGGAUGGAGAUGACGAAGACAGACGAAGACCAGGGCGAGGACAUGUUCUUCGGGGCUGAAGCAGAACUGCUCGAAGAUGCCUGGACAGACAGUGAAGCCGAGCAUGCAGAGGAACGUGUGUUUCCGCUCGAACCCCCCACCCUCUUCCUCAACUGCAGGAGACGUUGUCAGCUUUCGUCGUUUCAACUACGUCGUCUCGAGUAUAAGCCGAAGCUGCCAGCAGUUUUCUUCCAGCCCUUUACUUUGGCGUGCAUGGACAUCACCGCGGUGAUUUCUUCGAAUCCGGUUCUACUCCAGAGGGUUUUUCCUCUGACCCACAACCUGCGAGCGAUCGACGUCGUCCCGAUGAAGCAGCUUCUGGAGGCAGAUCCGUGGACGCCGGCGCCCCUUCCUCCUUCUAGCUGUCUCCUCCGUUUCUGGCGUUCGCCUGGGUCCCGAGACUCCUCCUCUUCUCCGGCCGCAUUGCCUCCACCCUGUCUGCCUUACCAUCUGAAGCGCGCCGCGAAACGCGCGAACGCAGGGGUGAACGACGCAUGCGACGCGCCCGCAGGCGCCGCAUGCUGCGGGGGCGAAGAGAGGGCCUCGGGCCAGGGAGACUGCGGAGAAGAAGGAGACAGGCAGAUCUCAGGUGGCGAGGCGCCGGUCGCCACAGUGGGGGCCGCCGAAAGGAGGGAGGAGCGAGAGCAGGAAGGGAAGGCCGUGAGGGACGAGCCUGCCAGAGAGGCGAGAGAGGGAGACGACUGCGGAGAAUUCGAAGGGGCACAGAAGCGAGGAGACGACAGGCAACAUGGCGAGGGCGACCAACGGUUCGGGGACGCAAAGCCUUCGCAGAGCGAAGGAAGCGAAAACAGGAAACGCGAGUGUCGUUUUGAACAGCCAGUUUCCGCCAGGCCCGUGUCUCCGACGCCGGGACUCGCGGCGGACGCGCUGAGAUCUGCAGCAGCGAGUCCACGGAGAGGCGGGAACUAUGAAGGAGACAUGGAUGGCCUUCGCAGGACAGAAGAAAAAAAACUUGCUCCGCCCCCUCAGUUUGUCGGUGUCCAUCGUGGCGGCUUGGCGCUUCGAGCUGACGCAGAUCUGGGAGAGGCACUUCAGUUCGACGCGCACGAGACCGCAAAUUCGGCGGCGCCUUUCUUCGCGAACCCCCUAGGCCCUCUGCCAGGUUCCUCGGUCUACCCUGCCCCGCUUUUGCCUGUCUCCUUGGAGGCGGAGAAACCGCGGCGCGUUUCGCCCUAUCCCGCAGCCUUCCCCUCUGUGCCCUUCGGGGCGUCCAUGCCUGGGGGCCCUCAGCCCCCAUCGGAGACACGCGGAGGCCUCGAGGUAAGUCCGAGAAAGCGAGGCCUAGAAACCGGCAAACACCCGCUCCCGGAGUCGACGCCUCUCGCGCCGUCAGGGACGCGGGCCCCCGUGGGCUCUCGGGGGCGCGCGGGGGGCUGCGUGGAGGGGACUGUCCCCAUUUUCGCGCGCCCCGCGGCGGGGGCAGGCGAGCCCCCGCGUUUCGGAAGCGAAGCGGCCGCGGGUGAAGCUGGGGCUUGGAGACACGCCGUGGGUUCCACGGGGCCGGCGACCAUGGCCCGAAUCAUUUCGCCUUCGCUGGUGGCCGUCCCGGCGACGGAGACGUUCGGACGACCCUCGACCAAAGCCUUCGGUACUUCGAGAAGCGGGAGUAGGACUGGAGAAAGGGCAACAGGCAGAGACGAAGGAGAAGAGACAGAGAGAGCAGGAGGCCGCGCCUGUGGGGAAGGAGGAGAAGCAGAUAGCGGGACAGCGAAGAAGGCCACAGUGAGCAAGUCCAGAGCCUCGUGGAAGCGCGAAGGCGGCUCAACCCCAGAGCAGGAUACCGGGCAUCUUCAUUUGCAUUCGUUGGGCCUCAUUCGCGCCGCUUCAGCCCCGCAGAGAGAUUUCCCGAAAGUCGAGGAAGAGGAGACGUUCCAGUCAUCGCAUUGCACCGCCUCUCACUCGACAGCUGACCCAUCUGUAGCUCUGCGGCGAGGCCCCCACAGCGCCAGAAGUUCCCACGAAGGCUCUCUCGCCCGCUCCGGCGCCGCGGCUCCGUCCCCGCCCCUCCAGGCGCCGACUGUGUCCGAUGGAGCCCAACUGGUGCGGCCACCGGUUCCGGUCGGGCCGGCACUCUUCAGUGACUUGGCCCCGGGGUCUCACGAGGCGCACGGGCAGCCCCCCCCAGGAGGCACAGGCAAGGCCCAAAGCUGGUCUGGCCCUUCUGAGACGGCGGGUGCAGUCGCGAAGGAAGGCAACCUCCAUCAGCGUCCCCACACGAAUGCUGAAACUGGAAGAGACACGAAAGCCCCCCACACAACAGAGAUGCAAAGGGGAGAAAGCGCGGGAACAGAGUUGAGCGCGGAGGGAGAGAGGCCGGCAAGUUCUCCAGGUGUCGGAGAGAAGAGAUGGGCGGCAGGCACGUCUCCUGCUGCUCGAGUUAGGUUUCCUUCCUUCGUCGCUUCUUUGUUAAGAGGCGAUGGCGCACACAGAGGUGGACGCAGCGCCGUCGAGAGCACUGCGGCUUCGGGCAUCGUGAGAAGAAACACGCGAAUCGAUUUGCAAGGUUCUGCGUCGCCUGUGGUGAUGCUCCGCUACGAGACUGCACGGGCCGACUCAAGUCGCCGGCUGGAGAGAGGCGACAGCGCCAAGACGCGCGUUGUGCUUGACGAGGUCUGUCAGGGCCGUCGCCCACCCACAGAGGGCCGCUGCCGAAGUCUGUCGCCUUUCCGCGACCCCAGAGAACCUUCCGGUCUAGACACCGGGAACCAGCCGCCUUGGAGACUCGAAGGUGACAGCGAGGAGCGAGGUGCUCCGUUGCCGCGAUCAGGCCCAAGCGCGGACGGCAAGAAGCCCGCUGCUCCUUGUGCCGGGCAUUUCUCUUCUUCUUCCUUCGCGUCUGCCGCUUCUGCUGAGGCCGCGAAGCUGCGAGGCGGCGAGGAAGAUUCAGACGAGGCCGCGCCCAAAGACGGUUUGCAGGAAGGAGACAGAAGCGAGAGAGAACACGCAGAACGGAGAGAAGAAAGGGACGAGAGAGAAGGAAAGAGAGAAGAAGCCAACGCUCGGGGAACCCCACAGCCAACAAAGGCGGACGAGGGGUACAUCGAGCCCAAACUCUGUCUGAGCAGAAAAUCGUCGCGAGUCAAUCUUGUCGAGAGCCAAGAGCCUCUCAGGAUUGCUGUCUGUUUCUUUGGGCGGCAAGCCCCCGGAGGUUUGAACGCAGUCAUGGGCGUUUUGGAGUACUUGGAAAAUUUGUCUCCCAAGGGCAUUUGCAUUGGCAUUCUUGGAGGCAUCCUGGGUCUCGUUCACGGCUGGUACACAAUCGUGGACAGGCGGUCGUUCUCCCUGUUUCGGAACCAAGGCGGCCUCGACCUCUUGUGCAGAACAACGGAACAUUUCAGCAACGAAUUCGAGCUGCAGCAAUGCAUCAAAACAAUCCAGGCCCUCCGACUUGAUGGCCUCGUCGUCCUCGGAGGGACCAGCGCUGUCAGCGACGCUGCCAUCCUGACUGAGCACCUCCUCGACUCGGAUACACAAACCUGUGUCGUCGGCGUCCCCAUGACGGUCGACAACGGUGUGCCGUUCAUUGAAGCAUGCCUCGGUCACGACACAGUCUGUCGUGUCUUCAACAGCAUCAUCGGCAGCUUGAUGCACGAGAGUCGCAGCUCAAAGUGUUGGUAUUUUAUCCGCGUCUCCGGCAAAUGUCUCUCCCACCUGGCUGCGGAAUGUGCACUCGACACGCACCCGAACUUGGUCCUUAUCAACGAAGAAAUCGAGCAGAAGCGCAUGGGGGCGAUGGCGUUAACGAAUUUGAUCAGCGAUAUCGUGGAGACGCGCGCCGGCCUGGGCCUUCACUACGGGACCGUCCUUCUUCCCGACUCUCUCCUGGCGCAUUUGCCGGAAAUGCACAUGCUCAUCAACGAAGUGGAUGCAUGUUUCGAAAGUGGUUUUUAUGCUCAAACUGAAGAAGGCCUUGAACUCCUUCGGGCGCGGCUCACGCCAUGGAGCGCCGCCCUCUUCAGCAGUCUCCCCAAGGCGAUCCAGUGGCAGCUUGCUUUCAACAAAGAUCAAACAUACCGGGUGGAUCUCACGGCCAUUGACACAGAAGUCUUGUUGAAGCGCCUCGUCGAGAGAGAGCUGGCGAGGCGCAAGAGCAUCGGAGCCUUCCGCAAGGGACAGUUUCUAUGCAAGACUCAUUUUCUUGCGUACCAGGGGCGCUCUGCGGCGCCGACGAUCUUCGAUGCUGAUUUGGGGUUCUCCUACGGCUACACCGCGGCGGUGUUGGUGGAUGGCGGCUGCACAGGCUACAUGGCGCAGAUCAGCAACUUGGUUGGACAGCCUGCGGAAUGGUCGGUUAGCGCAGUGCCCUUUACAUGUUUAGUCGACGUACAGCCGGUGAAAACGUCGACAGUCACGCCCCUGCACCACAAGGUUGCUCAUCUGCGACAGGGUCACCUUCACCAACAUGGCCGCCAGGUCUGGUCCCCUGCGCAGGCGUCGCCGGCGACGCAUGAGACCCACCACUACUGCGGUCCUGCCUUAGGUCGCGCCGGCUGUUCUGCGUCUGCUCACACAUCCGAAGAAUCCUUCAAGUGCGAAAGCGACAUGCGGGGCUCUUCUUCCUCUUCUUCUUCUUCCUCUUCUUCUUCUUCCUCUUCUUCUUCCUCUUCUUCUUCCUCUUCUUCUUCGGCUGUCGUGUUGAUGUUUCGGGUGGAAGUGCCUUUGCAGAAGCUGUCUCUGCAGGGGGGCAUGUUUCGAACGCUCGCGCUGUCGCGGGCCGAGUGGGCUCUUGGGGACUGCUUCUCCAAUCCAGGUCCUGUCCAAUAUGAAGGCGCCGCGAGUCGCGUGCGGCUCAACUCCCUUCGGCUCCCCUCGACAGACCCCACAGUGAAACUCAAGAAGAUUUCUCAGCUCUGCAGCCAGGUAAAAAGCUUGUGCAGCGUGAUGGCGACGCCUCCCCUGUUGAAGACGGCGGAGUCUUCUCUUCACAGCAUCGUGGAGGUUCUUUCAACUCUAUCCAGAAGUGAAAGAAACCAACAAAUGCAGUUCUACGACAUUUCUCAUGUGCUCGCUCAGCGCUGCACAACCAAGGCUUGGCUGUCGGCGGCGGAGUCUCUGCCGCUGUCAAAUUGGCCUUCUCCGCUUCCGGGAUCGUUCCCCGGCGCGGGGCAUCCAGACCGCUGUGGCCCAGGCGGCCCGCCAGCUGGCAGUUGUGUUCUUUCUUCCUCGCCCCCUCCCUUUCAGGACUGGUUUCAGUUCUCGGUGUCGCCGCCGGCUUCCUCUGCGGCCUCUGCGGGUCUCCCCACGGGAGGAGCUGGCCUCGACGCCUGGACGCCGGCUGCGACCUCCGCUGGGGUUCUCUCUGCCGGUCCGUUCGAUGUUUUUCGACGCCAUGAGCGAACCUCAGAGAAGGGCAGAGAGCCACACGUCGCACACGAAGCCGCAGAGACUCUCCAUGCGGAAUUCGAGAGAAGCCGCGGCUGCCGAGAACAGAGGCCUGGCUCUCUGGUCUCCCUCGCAACGCUCGCGGCUCGGCCUUCUCGUGCUCGUGUGGGACGCCGCGACUGGGCGGAAGGAGACAGCGAAGCGGCACCGAGGGGCAGCGAGGAGACCGGCCGGGCCUUCGCCCAGGAGACAGGAGCCGCAGGCGGCGGAGCCACCGAACCUUCCAUUUCGAGAGAAGAAGAAAUGGAGACUCUCUGGAGUGGGGACGCCCACGCAGGCACCCGGCGCCUCCCCAGCUUUUCUCUCGUCUGUCUCAACAAGGCAUCGAGCAAUUACGCCGCCCAACACUUCCAGGAGCGACGCUGAAAGUGCAGAAAGUCCGAAACGAGGAGAGAGAAAAAGAUCGUUAAUGGAUCGAUAAUGGAUCGUUAAUGGGAU